GAAGACUCCGUCCAAACCCGGACCCCGGACCUCGAUGGUCCUAUAUCCUGUUAAACAAAUGUUCUGGUACUUCUGUUUAGUAUUUCUAUAAAACAUGAGUACUCACAGUAGAGCUCCAAACGCCUUUUGCGCGACAUGUCUGAGCCAGGGUAGACAAAUGUUUACACUGCCGUUGCAACACAUCAAACCCGUUUCUAUGUUUUAUAAAGAACUGACUCUGACCAAAAAUGAGAAGAUUUGCUGGGAGUGCAAACAUUUUGUUAUAAAAAUGGUCAACUUCAAAAACAGAGCCCUAAAAGCACAAAGAACUCUUGCAAUCAUGAUAAAUAAACAACCAAUCUCACUCCAAAGUCUAUCCAAGCUUACAAUAUCCAAGGGCAUGCACUUGGAAAUAACAAACCCACAAAAAAUUACUACACAAGAAAAUUCAGAUCCCCUUAUGGAAAUAUUAAAAACUGAACCUGAUUUAGAUAAUGGUCUAACUAAUGAAUGGAUCAGAAAACUUACUCCUAUGGAAUCAGGAAAUAAUGACGAAAAAGUUACAUUUGAAGUUUAUCAACAUAAAGUAAAACUGAGGCUUGAAACUGAGAUUAAACUUGAACCUAGAGCUGAAGACGAAAACCCUGGGGUUUGGGGUGCUAGUGUGUGUCAGGAACAGGUUCCUCAAAGACAAACUGGUGGUGUGUGGGGUGGAGCUGGAUUUGCGGAUGCAACACUAAUGUCACUCUUAAAUAGGAAACACAUUUCAUACCCCCCACCAAUGAGCGCAGUACCCCAACGAAAACUACCAAUGAUGGAAGUUCCCACACUACGAACCACACCUUUCUACCAAAAAAUUCUACCAAAAAACCCUAUGCCUGCGAGUAAUGUAGAAAAACGCCCUCUUGAAAAGACUUUGGAAAAGCCAGUAUCCGUUCCAUCAGGCCCUAGUUUUACAGAAGAGAGGUUGACAGAAGAGGAGAGACAGAGAUGGUGGGAGAGCAAGAGAGAGAAUGAGUUUUAUAGUAUAGAAGUGUUUAAAUGUGAGAAAUGUGUUGAGCCCUUUUUCACGAGGAGGACGUUUUUGGGGCAUGAGAAGAUGCAUACUGAGUUGUUUGGCAAGCAUUCCUGCGAGAUAUGCGAGCUGAGAUUCCACACUGAGCAAGCCCUGGCCACACAUAAGGACACGCAUUAUAGACUGUUGAACUGUACCCAGUGCGCCCACACGUGGGACUCCCUAAACUCGAUGCGGCGGCACUGCGAGGUCGAACAUAGGGUCCCUGUUAUUGCUUGGAACUGCGAGAUCUGUUCAAAACUAUUGACUAAUUACGGAAGAUACUCGAAGCACGUGCGCGGUCACGGCCGCGAGCCCUGCCCUCAGUGCGGCAAGGGGGUGUUCGUGGCUCGCAUGAAGUGCCACAUGCUUACGCAUAAGGUUGUCGACCGGCUAUUCAAGUGCCCCGAGUGCGAGAAGAGUUUCAAGAUACAACAGCACCUCAACUUGCACGUCACUCGAGUGCAUACUUCCAAGGAUGAAGUGAUGUAUUGCGCACAAUGUGACAAGCAGUUCAAAAACAUCUACUCGUACAAUAAUCACAUGAAGUACGCGAGCGAACAUAUAUCCAAGGGACUGCUCACGCAUGGCUGCACAGAGUGUAGUAGAGUGUUCCCGAACAGGGGCCUGCUGCGGCAGCACGUGGCGCGCGUGCACAGGGACGAACGGAAACACGAGUGCCCAGUGUGCCACGAGAUGUUCAAGUCCACGUCGACCCGGGCGCGGCACCGGCGGCUGGUGCACGAGAACUAUGUGGCGCCCAGGGACAAGAUAUGCGAUCACUGCGGGAAGGGCUUCAAGGAUAAAAAAACCCUCUCGGAUCACAUCAACACGCACACAGGCGCGCGGCCGUUCGUGUGCGCGCUGUGCGGGGCGGACUUCGGGCACAAGAGCGCCCUCUACCUUCACGGACGGUACAAGCACAAGAUACCUAAGAAAAACAAUAGGCUCACUAUUAAUAAAGUUGAUGUGAAGACUAAAUAGGCAGUUGAUGAUACAAGUUAAUAGGGAAUAUUACGCAAAACUCUGUGUAGAGGGCGCUACUAGCACAAACUUGAGGCCUACCGCGAAACAGGGAUGUUGCGAAUAUUCGCAUCCGCAUCCGCGGAACUUCCGCAUUAUUUUCAACAUCCGCAUCCGUAUAAAAUCGAUGAGGAGCUUAUGCGGAUGCGGAUGUCGAACAAGUCGGUACAGGAACGUCUUAGCGGCGGCGUAAGUGCUAGGUAAUUUCGUCAUUACCUAUAACGAAAUCGUCUAGAUCCAGAUAAGUCGGUCAAGUUACUGUUUAUUCAAUAUAACGCACCUAUAUUCUUGCUCAAAUACUAAACGUUUCGUUUUUUUUAAAAUAAAAAUUACUAAAAAUUUAAUAUUUGUUUUUUUAACCUAAUCUUGACAUCCGCGUCCGCGGAUGUGAGCCUUUAAAUAUCCGCAUCCGCAUCCGCGGAUGUCAAAAAAUCUGCAUCCGGAACAUCCCUGCCGCGAAACAUCACUUUGGCGUAUCCGAGCGAUAGAGAGGCAGAUAACGAAAUUUAGAUUUUCGCGUUUGGCGGUAGACUCUCUGUAAACAAACCGCCUUAUGUUU